AUGUCAAAAGCCGAUCAGCUGCUGUCGAAGCUACCACCGCCGACGCUAUUGCCUAGUUUUGUCACAGACGCUUUGAAUGAGCCUAGACCUGCCCAAUCCAACCCAGUGUUGAACGCGACAGACGUGACCAGUCAAAACUUUCACACUCCAAUGUUUUCGCCCGUAAUAACCAGUAAAAAUGAAGAGAAUGUGGAAUUGCCCGCAAGUCCUUCCAAUGAAGCAGUCGCUGAUAAAGCUGUUAAAAGUGAACAGUCAUCGAGCAAAGCGGAUUUGUUUAACUGGAUGAAAGGCAGUAGCUCUAGUAUUUUUUCGAUGGUUGCCGAAAAAGCAAAGAAUUCUGUAGACGCAGUACUCACAACAUUAGACCCGCAAAUGAAAGAUACAUUAAAUCCCAAUACUUUUGAUAACACCGAUAUUGUUGUUGCUUCCGAAAAAGAAAUUGUCGUCAGUGCAGUAAGAGAGGGUUUUCAAAAAGUUUUUGGAAAGGCAGUCGUCAGAGGACUUGAAGCACCAGAUCAACCGUUUGCUGCACAGUUGGUUGGAUUCUCUGCCGCAUCCAAAGCCACAAGAUAUUGCAUUGAUUCCGUUAGAUUACAUGUGGUGAAAGGUCCUGUCGUCUCCUUUGAAAGAUUUAUUGUAGAACCUAUAGAAUCCAAAUGGUACGAAUUUGGUCUUAUGAAACUUAAUGACAUGCAACGAAAUAUAGAUUUAGAAGUGUACACCCAAAGCGUUCCUGUACCGGCAGCAAUUGUUGGAUUGAUUAGUGACGAUACGCCCAAAGAUUAUGAACACAUCUCAACCGGAUUCAGUAUACCAGUCGCACAUUUCAUGGCCAGCAACUUAAAAGUACAUCCAUCUGAGUGGCAAGAAGUAAUGACUGGUGUAAGCCAGCGUUCGUCUUUAUUAGCUGCUUCAGUAUCUUUGGCCAUGGCGUACAAAAUUGCACUGGAAUGA